AUGGCGCCCGCACCAGUCGCAGCCUCCGAUCCGCCUUCUCAGGCAGAUACUCCUAUGACAGAUCCAAAUGAAGAGCCGACCUCGGUGCCCGUGGACCCUUUGGACGCGAAGAUGACGGAUACACCAGACUACACGGACUCGGAUACAAACCCGAACACAACUGCAAGCAGUAUUGCAGGCGACGCAGUUCCAUUGGAUGGUCGAAUGCGGAGAUCUGAGGCUUUCCAGAUGAGAAAAAACAUGUUUGGCAAGAAACACGGCUCCUUGAACGAGAAUAAGGAAGAUGACUCGAUUCGGAGAUUCCGCUACCUCCUUGGGCUCACAGAUCUUUUCCGUCAUUUUAUCGAAACGAAUCCUAACCCCCGUAUCAAAGAAAUCAUGGGUGAAAUUGACAAGCAGAAUGCCGAAGAAGAAGCAAAGGCGAAGCGGAAGGGCUCCUCGAGGUCAGGAGGUGCAGGCGGCGAUCGGAGACGACGGACGGAACAGGAGGAAGAUGCUGAACUUUUGAAAGAUGAGAGGAGUGGUGGUCAGACCAACACAAUUUUCCGAGAGUCACCACCAUACGUUCAGGGCGAAAUGCGUGAUUACCAAGUUGCUGGAUUGAACUGGCUCGUUUCUUUGCAUGAGAACGGAAUUUCAGGGAUUUUGGCAGAUGAGAUGGGUCUAGGCAAAACCCUUCAGACGAUUUCGUUCAUCGGAUAUCUCCGGCAUUUUUGCGACAUUACUGGGCCUCAUCUUGUCGCAGUUCCUAAAUCCACUCUAGAUAACUGGAAGCGAGAAUUUCACAAGUGGACUCCCGAAGUCAAUGUCCUUGUAUUACAAGGAGACAAGGAGGAGCGUCACAAGUUGAUCAACGAGAGACUUCUGGACGAAGACUUCGAUGUCUGCAUUACCAGUUACGAAAUGGUUCUCCGAGAAAAGUCACAUCUGAAGAAGUUUGCCUGGGAGUAUAUCAUCAUUGACGAAGCACACCGAAUUAAGAACGAAGAAUCGUCGCUCGCCCAGAUAAUUCGCGUUUUCAAUUCCCGAAAUCGUCUCCUCAUUACUGGUACCCCGCUUCAGAACAACCUUCACGAACUAUGGGCUCUUCUCAAUUUCUUGCUGCCGGAUGUCUUUGGUGAUUCAGAGGCCUUUGACCAAUGGUUCUCGAACCAGGAUGCGGACCAGGAUACCGUUGUGCAACAACUUCACCGCGUUUUACGGCCCUUUUUGCUUCGUCGUGUGAAGAGCGACGUAGAGAAGAGUCUGCUCCCGAAGAAGGAAGUUAACCUAUAUGUGCCCAUGUCUAACAUGCAGGUAAAAUGGUAUCAGAAAAUUCUUGAGAAAGAUAUUGAUGCUGUCAAUGGUGCCGCUGGAAAGCGAGAGUCGAAGACACGUCUGCUGAACAUCGUCAUGCAAUUGCGAAAAUGUUGCAACCACCCCUACCUCUUCGAAGGCGCCGAGCCAGGUCCCCCGUAUACGACCGACGAACAUCUUGUGGAUAAUGCCGGGAAGAUGGUCAUUCUUGACAAACUUCUUACUCGUAUGCAGGCUCAGGGAAGCAGAGUCCUCAUUUUCUCACAAAUGAGUCGUGUUCUGGAUAUUUUGGAAGAUUACUGCGUGUUCCGAGAGUACAAUUAUUGCCGCAUUGACGGAACUACAGCCCACGAGGAUCGAAUUGCCGCGAUUGAUGACUAUAACAAACCCGAUUCCGAGAAAUUCAUCUUUCUUCUAACCACGCGAGCUGGAGGGCUGGGUAUCAACUUGACGAGUGCGGAUAUUGUUGUUCUUUACGACAGUGAUUGGAACCCCCAGGCUGAUUUACAGGCAAUGGACCGUGCUCACCGUAUCGGACAGACGAAGCAGGUGGUUGUGUACAGGUUUAUCACUGAAUCGGCCAUUGAAGAGAGGGUCUUGGAACGUGCAGCACAAAAGCUGCGCUUGGAUCAGCUUGUCAUCCAACAAGGACGUGCCCAGCAACAAGCGAAGAACGCUGCUUCCAAGGAAGAGUUGCUAGGCAUGAUUCAACACGGCGCUGCCGAAAUUUUCGGCAAUGAGAGUGGGACGAAGACAAUUGCUGAGGGUAAGGGGCUCUCCGACGACGAUAUUGAUGCAAUUCUGCGUAAAGGUGAAGAACGAACGGCGGAGCUAAGCAAGAAAUACGAGAAGCUGGGUAUCGACGAUCUACAAAAAUUCAGCUCGGAAAGUGCAUACGAAUGGAAUGGAAAGGAUUUCACCGACAAGAAGAAGGAUAUUGGAAUUAACUGGAUCAACCCCGCGAAACGUGAGAGGAAGGAGCAAUUUUAUUCCAUCGACAAGUACUAUCGUCAGGCUCUUGCUACCGGUGGACGCACGGCAGAUCCCAAACCCAAGGUUCCCCGGGCACCGAAGCAGAUUACCAUUCAUGACUGGCAAUUUUUCCCACCCGGCCUUCAGGAGCUUCAGGAGAAGGAGACCGCCUAUUUUCACAAGGAAAUUGGCUACAAGGCUCCUAUUCCUGAAGGCCCAGAGGAGGAACUCAGCGAGCGUGAAGCCGAACGUGAUCUGGAGCAGCAGGAGAUUGAUAACGCCGUGCCCUUAACGGAAGAGGAAUCAGCAAAGAAAUCUCAGAUGUCAGAGGAAGGCUUCUCAAACUGGAACCGCCGUGAUUUCCAACAAUUCGUCAACGGGUCCGCCAAAUUUGGCCGCACGGACUACGUCGGUAUUGCGACUGAGGUUGACAGCAAGGAGCCAGAAGAAAUUGAAGAGUACGCAGAGGUGUUCUGGAAGCGGUACACUGAGAUCCAGGAUUACCCCAAGUAUCUCCGAGUCAUCGACCAGGGUGAGGAGAAGCUCCGAAAAAUGGGUCACCAGCGUAAGAUGCUCCGGAAGAAGAUGGAGAUGUACCGUGUGCCGAUUCAGCAACUCAAGAUCAAUUACACCGUCUCGACUACCAACAAAAAGGUCUACACGGAAGAGGAGGACCGUUUCCUACUCGUGAUGCUUGAUAAGUACGGCGUCGACGGCGAAGGCUUGUACGACAAGAUUCGCGAUGAGAUCCGCGAAUCACCGCUCUUCCGCUUCGAUUGGUUCUUCCUUAGCCGAACGCCAGUUGAGAUCGGUCGCCGCUGUACCACGUUACUGAACACAGUCGCCAAGGAGUUCGAGCCGGACAGCGGCAAGGCAAACGGCCGUGGCCGUGACCGUGACGACGAAGAAGUGGAAAAUGAAGACGAAGCACCGGCAAAGAAGAAGACCAAGGGCGCAGUGAACAAGCAAGUCAAAGCUGUUAAAGGCAGCAAGGCAAACUCAGCUUCCACAUCGCGGGCCUCCUCAACAGCACCUAAAUCAAGAGGCCGGAAGAAGUGA